AUGAAUGCGGCUGAAUAUCACAAAGAAUCGCCUGGCAUCUCCUCAUCCCGGAUGAAACACAUGCUGGUCUCGCCCGCCGUCUAUCAGCUCAAAUUGCGCCGUCCCAUGAUUGAAACCGAUGCAUUGCGGAUGGGACGGAUGCUGCACACCCACGUACUUGAGCCCCAUCUGCUGGAUACCGAGUUUGCGAUCUGGAAUGAAGGCCGCCGACAGGGGACUGAAUGGGCGCUUUUCGCGAUGGAAAAUGCGGAAAAGACAAUCAUCACAGAAGCCCAAAUGACAUGCGUUGAAGGAAUGUCAGCGGCACUUCUUGAGAUGUCUGAUUUCCCGCUGGCGGCGUGGCUGGCUGGCGUCAAAGGUGACAGUUCUCGCGAAGACCUUGCUCCUGCGACAAAGGAGCAAAGCCUGUUCUGGGUCGACGAGGAUACGGGUCUUCAGUGCAAGGCCCGUCCCGACGCAUUUUCUCUGGGUGACAGGCCGCUCGUGGGGGAUUUGAAGUCAGCGCGUUCGGUGACCGUUGACGAUUUCCUUCAUGACAUAUUCAAAUUUCACUAUGACGUCCAGGCGGCGCACUAUCUUGCCGGAGUUAAAGCUGUGUAUGGGGUACAGGCAAGAUUUGGCUUUUUUGCGGUUGAAAAAGAAGAGCCACACGUGUCGCGGACCUUUGUGAUGACGGACGACGCGCUGGCCCAUGGGGAGAGGCACCGCAGGUACUGCCUGCGAAUGAUUCGGCGUUGUCUGGAUACCGGCAGCUGGCCAAAGCAGCCCCCCGGCGCCAAACCUGUGUCGGUCGAGGUCCCGUUCAUGCGCUACGACACCCCGCUCAAAGACAUGGCUGCAGCCUAUGGCAUCGAUCUGUAG